AUGCUGAGCUCUAUGCUCACCAAUGGAGGUCAGCAGCAUGGGUUCCAGAAAGGGGAGCGCGGGGCACCAUGCUUCAGCCCUGAAAGAGUUCUUGGCACUUCCUUCCCCCUCUUCCCCUCCACAAGCCAGCUCUUAGUUUGUCUCCUGUUUCUUCAACUCCUCUUCUCCUCCCGCACCCUCUUCAUCACAAAGAGACUUCCAUCAACCAUCCACGCCUUCACGAAUCUUUCACCCCCACAAUUUCAUCACCACGAGCAUAAUCCAAUAUGGUAUGUCCUCAGCUUUCCUUGGCCUGGGCACUGCAUGGCUGCCGAUUCACUUUCUGAAGACCAGGUCUCCGAGUUCAAGGAAGCGUUCUCCUUGUUUGACAAAGAUGGUGAUGGCCAAAUCACCACUAAGGAGUUAGGAACCGUCAUGAGAAGCUUAGGACAGAACCCUUCCGAGUCUGAACUCCAGGACAUGAUCAAUGAGGUUGAUGCCGACAACAAUGGAACUAUCGAUUUUCCUGAAUUCUUGACCAUGAUGGCUCGUAAGAUGAAGGACACAGACAGUGAAGAGGAAAUUAGAGAGGCCUUCAAAGUCUUUGACCGUGACAACAACGGAUUCAUUUCUGCCGCCGAACUAAGACACGUAAUGACUUCCAUUGGGGAGAAGCUCACCGACGAUGAGGUCGAUGAGAUGAUCAGGGAAGCAGAUCAAGACGGUGAUGGAAGAAUCGAUUACAACGAAUUUGUACAGCUUAUGAUGCAGAAAUAA